GGGCGUAUCGCGAGCAUUGGCUUUUCCUUCCAUCUCACUUUCACAAGUGAGAGCUGGGGACCAAACCGAUCCUGCUGCGGACAGCUCCCACAUCCAAGGAAAACAAACGGCUUCCGUGUGUUCUUUCUGAAAUGAAAAUGAUGAGUUACUGUGUCCUGGCAUCAAUCUGUUUGCUGAGCUCGGCCACUGCUCAGACAGUGACGCAGCUGACUGGUUGCUUGACCAAGGAAAACAACUUGAAGAUGGAUUGCAGCUUCACCCCAGCAGCAGGAAGCAGUCCACCCCCAAACUGCACCUUUAAAACAGAUGGCAAAGUGGUGGCGUCUACUGAUGUCAAAGCAGUUCAGGACAGUACCUUCAAAAACAGGGCUACUGUGACUAUUGUUAAUCAGGUGUGCCACCUGAAUCUGACGGGCUUAGCAGAUGACAAACCCAAGAACUACAGCUGCACUAUCAUGCAGACUGGUUCAGGGACAAUGUCAACAUCUGUGGACAAGAAACUUCUCCCGACCUGCUCUGCUUGGAGUGUUCUCCAGCAAAGAGGUGCGGCUCUGCUGUUGGCUCUUCUUACCUUCCCUCUAUUUUCCGAGUUGCUGUGAGUCCCCCACCACCCCACCUCUCUCAGAGCGAAGCUUGGCCUGCGCAUUUAUGGGUGGUUCUGCCGCGACACUGACGGCAAAAAGUUCCAUUCUGCACUGAAAAAAAGAGGCGUCCUUCUUGCCCCCAUCCUCAAAGUGCUUUGCAAUACUAAAUCAUAAAAUCCAUGUCUGUCAUCCAUUCGGUGUGUCACUGGUACGUUUGUAUUAUGAAGCCAGUAUUGAUGAUGGUAAUAACUUGUACCUGCAUUCUUCCUCUGCAUUCUUCUUAUUUGCUCUUGCAGCAUGUUUAUACACUGGAAUUGUUGAUAAUGACAUUGUUACUAACUGCCAUGCAUGAGUAGAUCAUAUGAAAACUUGAUCAGCAUAUGUGUACUGUUCUUGUUGCAUUUAUGCUAUUGACAGCGUGCCUUAUAAAAUUUUUAAAAUCA